UCUCGGGACUUGGAUUGAGUUUUGAUCCAUUGGAUCGGGAUCAUAAUUUAGACCUUUCUGGCAGAUCUUGGUUCCUACUAUAAUCUGGUUUUUGUUUUUGUCGAUAAUUUAUUUCGAAUAGACAAUACUGCUUGUAUAGCUCUUCUUAAUAUGUCAUGAAGUUGAAUUGUCAUACUUUGGAAUUUCUUCUGUCAAUGGAGUCAUACAAGUGCUUCGUAAUACAUGUAAGAGGGUUGUUAAUGGGGGAUAAAAAGGGAAUUGAGAUCAUAUGUAGCUGGCCUCAGGUAGUUUUAGAUUAUGUAAGGCAAGAGUGGUACCUCUAACGACCCUCUGGGAGUUGGCUAGAGGAGGGAGACAGAGAGGAAAGGGAGAGGGAUGUACUGGAUUUUCAGUUUUGGAGAUUUGUUAAUGAAUUCACUUAUAUCUGAGAACCAUUAUCUUAUUGUCAUUCCGUUUCUUAUGGUCAAAAAAUAAAUAAAAAAGGACCACUCUCGGAUUUCCUCUGUACCAAAGUGGUACCAUAAACAGUUUCAGAUUUCCUCUAUACCAGUUUCAAUCACAGUUGUGCCUGAAACAAGGAGAUGAGAUGAGAUGAGAUGAUCCGAGCAUCUCCAUGAGCUCAAGCUCACGCUCUCCUCAACACGAACUGAAUACCAGUACAUCUACCUUCCUUUUCUAACUAAUUCCCAGUCAGAUUGCUAAUUGGAUCUUCAUGAGUUCAACAACUACUGGACCAUACUUCGUUUCCUGUGCAUCGGGAAACAAGAACAGCCUCUUCUGCUGGAUUUUGCUCUCCUUACUGCCAAAGUAUUUGGGAACUCCAUUUGCACGCUUCAACUUUCUUCUCAUUCAGGCAAUUGACAGGAGUCCAUCAGCAGUUGGGGGAAUUUAGUUGUAAUUACUUUACAGCGUUGGUUACUUUGGCCAUCAGCAUAUUUAGAUCCCUGUGCUAAUUGGCGAAAUGGUUUCCUCUCAGUUUUCUGAUUUGCCUAAGAAUGGCGUUUGCAAACCAUUCCAAACCCAAAGACUCUUUCCUACAAGUCUCACUGACAAUGUAAUUACGGACCAACUUGAGCUUGAUUUCUCUGAUGUCUUUGGUCCAGUUACAGUGCCUUCUAUAGAAGUGAAUGAUGUUGAUUCUGCUAUUGUUGAGCUUGAGGAAGAAUCAAGUGAACUCGUUUAUGAUGAUCCAGCUGUCAUUUAUACCCGCUCACAUUCAUUAGUUGGCCCUUCUACCUGUGUUAGCCAAUCACUUAAGCUUGGAAAACUCACUUUACAUGGAGAUGAGGAUUCAUUGGAAGCAGCGGAGCAUGCUGCUGGAGAGACCAUUAAAGAAGUUGAUGAAUCGAAUGUCAACAUUGCCAUCAUUGAAGAAUCUCUUGAAUGUGAUAAUGGUCAUCUUGUGAAGAUCCAGGGAGUGAGCAUUGAAGAUUUUGAGAUUUUGAAGGUUGUGGGACAGGGAGCAUUUGCAAAAGUCUACCAGGUGAGGAAAAAGGGUACUUCUGAAAUAUAUGCAAUGAAGGUAAUGAGAAAGGACAAAAUCAUGGAAAAGAACCAUGCUGAAUACAUGAAAGCUGAGAGGGAUAUUUUAACCCAAAUAGAGCACCCCUUUAUUGUUCAGCUCAGAUACUCUUUUCAGACAAAAUACAGAUUGUAUCUAGUGCUGGAUUUUGUAAAUGGGGGUCAUCUUUUCUUUCAGCUUUAUCAUCAAGGCCUUUUCAGAGAGGAUCUAGCACGCAUAUAUGCUGCUGCUGAGAUUGUUUCUGCAGUUUCCCAUCUCCACACAAACGGAAUAAUGCACAGGGAUCUAAAACCUGAAAAUAUCCUGCUGGAUGCUGAUGGCCAUGUUAUGCUGACGGAUUUUGGCCUGGCCAAGCAAUUUGAAAGUGAUACAAGGUCUAAUUCCAUGUGUGGAACAAUAGAGUACAUGGCACCUGAAAUUAUUCUUGGCAAGGGCCAUGAUAAGGCUGCUGAUUGGUGGAGUGUUGGAAUCCUACUGUAUGAGAUGCUUACUGGAAAGCCUCCCUUCUGUGGCGGAAACCGUGAGAAGAUUCAACAGAAAAUAAUUAAAGACAAGAUCAAGCUGCCAGCAUUUUUGUCUAGUGAGGCACAUUCCCUGUUGAAAAUGCUUCUGCAGAAAGACGCGACUAAGCGAUUAGGCAGUGGGACAAGGGGAAGCUUGGAAAUUAAAAAUCAUAAGUGGUUUAAACCAAUCAAUUGGAGGAAGUUGGAUUCACGUGAGGUCCAACCAAGCUUUCGCCCUGAAGUUGCUGGAAAGCAUUGUGUUGCCAACUUUGAGAAGCGCUGGACCGAUAUGCCCAUCGUCGACUCCCCGGCUGCUAGUCCAAAUGGUGUCAAUCUUUUCAAAGACUUCAGUUAUGUGAGAUCUGCAGCUUCCUUCCUUCAAAGGAAUAGCCCUUCUUGCUAGCUUUAACUGGCGGCAUAUGAUGCAUGAGUUUUCUGCAAUACUCGGCUUUAUUUAUUUAGC